AUGUUGUUAAUCUUUGAUUUAUUUGAGUCCCGUACUAGUAAUCAAAGUACUGACAGUUCUACUAGUUUUGUUGGUGUCUCCAUUGUUAAUGAUUCUGGCUUUACUGUGAGUACUCAUGAAAAUAGCAAUAAUAACUAUAACUAUAAUUUUGGUGGUAUAGAGUAUUUUGUUAAUAAUGAUAGAAAGAAAAUUAAAAGCAUUGUGG